GCCUGCUAUUGCCUCCCAUAAUGCUCAGCGAGUUUAAGCAGCAAGAUGGCUGACGUUAUGGAUGAAUACGAGAAAGAAGCUGGCUGUGUCCCUAUUCUCCAUCCAGAGGAAAUCAAGCCCCAGAGUCAUUAUAACCAUGGUUACAGCGAGAACGUGGGGCGCAAGAGCCAUGUGGAUGACUACAGCACCUGGGACAUCGUCAAAGCCACACAGUACGGGAUCUUUGAGCGCUGUCGGGAGCUGGUGGAGGCGGGGUACGAUGUUCGGCAGCCAGACAAAGAGAACGUCUCUCUGCUGCACUGGGCUGCCAUCAACAACAGGAUAGACCUGGUGAAGUAUUACAUAUCGAAGGGAGCCAUAGUGGACCAGCUGGGAGGAGACCUGAAUUCCACGCCCCUGCACUGGGCCACGAGGCAGGGCCACCUCUCCAUGGUGGUGCAGCUGCUGAAAUAUGGGGCUGACCCCGCCCUGAUCGACGGGGAGGGCUGCAGCUGCAUCCACCUGGCCGCGCAGUUCGGCCACACCUCCAUCGUGGCCUACCUAAUCGCCAAGGGACAGGACGUAGACAUGAUGGACCAGAAUGGAAUGACUCCACUGAUGUGGGCCGCCUACAGAACACACAGCGUGGACCCCACGCGGCUGCUCCUGACGUUCAACGUGUCGGUCAGCCUGGGCGACAAGUACCACAAGAACACGGCGCUGCACUGGGCGGUGCUGGCCGGCAACACCACCGUCAUCAGCCUGCUGCUGGACGGCGGCGCCAACGUGGACGCGCAGAACAUCAAGGGAGAGACGGCGCUGGACCUGGCCAAGCAGAGGAAGAACGUCUGGAUGAUCAACCACUUACAGGAGGCCUGGCAAGCCAAGGGCUACGACAGCCCCUCCUACCUGAAGAGGCUAAAAGCAGACAAGGACUUCAGGCAGAAGGUGAUGCUGGGCACCCCGUUCCUGGUCGUCUGGCUGGUGGGCUUCAUCGCGGACCUGGACCUGGACUCCUGGCUCAUCAAGGCCCUCAUGUAUGUGGCGGUGUGGGUCGCCGUUCAGUUCCUCUCAAAGUCCUUCUUUGACCACUCCAUGCACAGCGCCCUGCCCCUGGGUAUCUACCUGGCCACCAAGUUCUGGAUGUACGUCACCUGGGUCUUCUGGUUCUGGAAUGAUCUCCCCUUCGUGACCGUCCACGUCCCCUUCCUGCUCAACAGCGUGCUGCUGUUCUACAACUUCGGCAAGUCCUGGAAGUCCGACCCGGGGAUCAUCAAGGCCUCCGAGGAACAGAAGAAAAAGACCAUUGUGGAGCUGGCAGAGACGGGGAGUCUGGACCUCAGCAUAUUCUGCAGCACCUGUUUGAUACGGAAGCCCGUGAGGUCCAAGCACUGCGCCGUCUGCAACCGCUGCAUCGCCAAGUUCGACCAUCACUGUCCGUGGGUGGGCAACUGCGUGGGUAGUGGGAAUCACCGCUACUUCAUUGGAUACCUGUUCUUCCUGCUCUGCAUGAUCUGCUGGAUGAUCUACGGCUGCAUCUGCUACUGGAGGAUCCACUGUGCCACCAGCUACCACCGGGACGGCUUCUGGACCUACAUCACCCAGAUCGCCACCUGCUCCCCCUGGAUGUUCUGGAUGUUCCUCAACAGCAUCUUCCACUUCAUGUGGGUUGCAGUGCUCAUCAUGUGCCAGAUGUACCAGAUCGCCUGCCUGGGCAUAACCACGAACGAGAGGAUGAAUGCCAGGAGAUACAAGCACUUUAAAGUCACCACCACGUCCAUCGAGAGCCCUUUCAACCACGGGUGCGUGCGGAACCUCAUAGACUUCUUUGAGUACCGCUGCUGCGGGCUGUUCCGGCCGGCGGUGGUGGACUGGACCUCCCAGCACACCAUAGAGUACGACCAGACGACCGGGUCGGGCUACCAGCUGGUGUAGCGGGGGCGCGGCGCGGCGUCGGGUCGCCGGGGCGACGCUGGAGAGCGAGGCUGAUCUCGGGUGACUCUCUUUCCUGGAUUGCUUACCUCACCUCACUGAGAUUGGAGUCAGCUGGGAAGAGCAUGCGGGCACGGGACAGGACGACGGAAGCAGCCAUCCCCCCCCAACCUUCCCUCCCACCCCACCAACCACCACCACCACCACCACGCCCCCCCAAUUCAGAAGACUGGAGGCUCCUCCCUAAACGCGGACAGUGUGUAACUGCCAGCUUAGUGCUUAAAAAGGGAAUUAAUAUUCUCUAAACGGGAGUCAUACUUUGCAAUAUCUGAAAUUUCAGUUUUUUGUUUUUGUUUUUUCUUUUUUUUUUAAAUUCUCUUUUCUUUUUCCUCGAUCACAGUUUUGGUUCGUUUUCUCGCUUGUUUUGUCAGGAUAUUUUUUCUAAACCUCAUUUCGUCGAAUUUAUUUUUGUUAUUGUUUUUUUUUUUUUUGUUGUUCAUGCCUUUUGCAUAUUUAUGCUCGAAACUUUUACUGUUCCAUAAAAAGGACCCUUUGCGAUCUGCCUGAAGGAUCCCUAUGAAAAUGGGGGGGGGCGUGUCAGUAUUGUGAACGAUAGAGAUCGCCUGUGUGGGAUCCGGGAGUUUUGGGAGGGAAGGCGCUCUUUCCCUGGCCUGGCGGCAGUUGGGUUUUAAACGUGUCGGAUUCAGAUCCGUGCAGAUCGCCUGACUAGUGCGCGAGAACAGUCGUCCCGUUUGCGCCCGUGCUGAAUAAGUGUUGCCGUUACUGUUGGCGAAUGGCGUUUCAAGUUGUCAAAUUGUGUAUAAAAGUGUUUUAAACGAGAGUUAGAUUGGAAGGUGCUGAAGUCUGCAUCGGGAAUCAGAUUCUAAUCAUAUCAUUAAUAUAAAUAUAGUAUGAAAACGUGAGGCCUGUAUAUUUAUUUUUUAAAGCUGUUUGUAGAUAAACUGGAUUAAAUUAGGUACCAUUCGCUAUUUUAGGUUUAAAGGCAUUUAAAAAAUUUUAUUGUGGGAAGGAUAUGUCCCAUCUGAACUAACUUGACUUGGUGCGCAUAGUCAUGACGGGAUGUGAAAUACACAUAUGUAAAUAUAUAUAUAUAUUUUCGAAAGUAGACGUGACUACAUGUGCUCUUUGACCACAGGGAAAAAAGAUUGUGGUGUGUUAAAGACCGUUGUGUGUAAAGACGGGGGGGUGGGGGGGGGGGACGUUUAUAGAAUGGUUAAAGUUUACAAGAGUGGUUCAGUCCUUGUGUUGUUUUCUUGUUUGUCUGUUUGUUUUUUUGUUUUUUUACACCAUUUUGUAUUUUCGUUGCGAGUUUAUUUAUGCGUUUUUUUUUUUUUCAUAUGAUGACGCACUGGUCUACCUUGGUUCUGGUCUCGUCACUGAAGAGCGGAGCUGGUAUCACUGCUUCCGAGGAACACUUCCACGUUUACAGUAAGAGGGAGGUCUGAGGCUUAACGCUGUGGAAAUGCGACAUUUUUAUUUUCCGCAGAGCAUUUCUAGUUUAUUAUUUUCCCUUCUUUUUUUUUUUUCCAGUUUUCACAUGAGUGGACUCUUUGUAAGAACCAGCAACCAACAGGAUUAACACUAGUGUAAAUGAAUGUGUAUCUGUACAGAAAUGAUCUAGUUAACCCCUCCUUUCUCUGUGUAAGUGAUUUUUUUGUCAGUGUUAGUUGAAAGCUGCUCAGUUUUAAUUUUAUUCAACCCAAAGUUAAAAAAAAAAAAAAUGUAAAAAAACAUAACAAAAAAAAAGAUAGUCAUGUGACUGUAGCUUUUAGUGGUGUCCGAAUACUGCUGUGUAUAGGCUUAUUAACCGGCGAGUACUCUGCAUGCGUGAUGCUUGGAGAUUGGGCUGUCCCUAUGUCACAGGUAGGGUAUCACCAUCGACGCUUCCCUAGCAGAAGGGAGCCAUGUGUCUGUAAAUAGUGAAUGUUCAGUAUUUUCAAGUCAUUUAGAUUUUUUUUUUUUUUUUUUUCUUUAAGCAACCCCCCACAAUGUGUAGGAAUAUUUUUGGUUGUGGUCAGGUUGCCUGCACAGUUGUAAUAUAUUUGAAUGUUCCACGUCAAAGAAGGGGAACGGGGAUUGAACAGAUGUUUUUGUUUGUUUGUCCGUUUCUUUUUUCUCCUAAAUUCUGUGUCAUAUUGCAGGGUUUGUUAUACCGCAGGUUGUACAAACUGUAAAGAAAGACGUAAGAGAAAACGGUUUUGUAAGUCUGGCGGGUUUUCUUUGGUGGUUUGGUGCUGUGACCUGGGACCCGGGUCAGAAACCCAGACAAACGGGGACAGCGUGGUUUUUCAGUACGCUGGCGCAGAAAGAUUGCAUCAUCAGUAAUGGACGCAAUGCAUUAUCGUGCUGGCCCUUCCCCUGUAGUCCUGAUGCGGUCUGCAAAAAGAUACAUCCGUCUCCCAGAGAUGCUGGUUUUAACUACAAACGUAAAUUAUCCAAAAUAUUAUGUAGUUCUUCCAAAGUAAACCCCCCCCCCCCAUGUGAUAAGCACAUGAAAACCCAAAAUAUUUCAUUUUUUUACUGUGCCUCUCUAUUUAAUAUUUGUCAGAAGAACCAUAUGUCCACUUCAGAUGCAAACAUAUACUUGUUGGGCAUGGUACAAUUAUAACGGGUUUAAUAAUAAAAGAAAAUGUAUACAUGUGAAAAUA